AUGCCGAACUGGGGAGGAGGCAAGAAGUGUGGGGUGUGCCAGAAGACGGUGUACUUUGCCGAAGAGGUCCAGUGCGAAGGCAGCAGCUUCCACAAGUCCUGCUUCCUAUGCAUGGUCUGCAAGAAGAACCUGGACAGCACCACCGUGGCCGUGCACGGCGAGGAGAUCUACUGCAAGUCCUGCUACGGCAAGAAGUACGGGCCCAAGGGCUACGGCUACGGGCAGGGCGCGGGCACCCUGAGCAUGGACAAGGGGGAGUCGCUCGGCAUCAGACACGAGGAGGCCCCCGGCCACAGACCCACCACCAACCCCAACACGUCCAAGUUCGCCCAGAAGAUCGGGGGCUCCGAGCGCUGUCCGCGGUGCAGCCAGGCCGUCUAUGCGGCCGAGAAGGUGAUUGGCGCUGGGAAGUCCUGGCAUAAGUCCUGCUUCCGAUGUGCCAAGUGCGGCAAAGGCCUCGAGUCCACCACCCUGGCUGACAAGGAUGGCGAGAUUUACUGCAAAGGAUGCUACGCAAAGAACUUCGGGCCCAAGGGCUUCGGCUUUGGGCAGGGAGCUGGGGCUCUGGUUCACUCUGAGUGA